UCAGAGAAGCUUGCCAACCAACCAUCACAUUUUUGCUUCAAUUUUUGUUUCAUAAUCUCACCACCAGCCAGGAUGAACAAACCCACGUUUCACCUUUGCAUUCCCAUGGUCCAAACAAUCCUCCUGGGGGUGUAAACCACAUCUGGCGGAAAGAAAACCAUCUCUUACAUCAUCCAAACUGCCAACCUGCUGUGUACACAUACAGGUGUACUGUGUAUGAGGACUUACAGCGUGAUGCAAGACACACCUGGGAGCGCUAUGGGCGUGGUUGUGUUACAUCACGACUGUACGAGCUGCGAGAAAGAAGGGACAUGAGCCAAAAAGCGUGUCACCAAUGCUUUGCAAAAUGUCUCGGCCAUGCUGAACAGCGCAGUACAUGCUGUACACGUCCAUAAACAGCUCGUCCUCCUCUUCAUCAUGGAUAAGGACAGUGCAGAAUCAGGUCUCACGUGGCAGGUGAGGGCCAACCAACGUUGCUACCACAAGCGCCAGCAGAAGAAAUCCUUUCUGGGCCUUCGUUGGGGGCGUUGCUCGGACAACCAGGUGCGCAGCUAUAAGUACUCAGUCCUCACCUUCCUGCCGAUGACGCUGUUUGAGCAGUUCCAGCGCGCCGCCAAUCUCUACUUUCUCUUCAUGAUGGCGUUGCAGUGCGUCCCCAUCAUCUCGUCCAUCCAGUGGUACAUCUCCAUCAUCCCGCUGCUCCUCAUUCUGUCAGUGAGAGGCGUAAAAGACCUCAUUAACGACAUGGGGCGGAGACGCAGUGACGCGGAGGUCAACUCGCGACCGUGUGACGUGCUCAUUUCCCAGAGCUUCACUACGUUGCACUGGAAGGAUCUGUGCGUGGGAGAUAUCGUGCGCAUCCACAAAGACCAAACCAUUCCUGCAGAUGUUGUGCUCCUGUGCAGCUCCGAACCACACAGUCUGUCCUAUGUGGAAACGGCUGACAUUGAUGGCGAGACGAACCUGAAGAGCCGACAGGCUCUCGCUGUGACGCAUGACCGGUUGACAUCGGAACCCUCCGAGUGUCUGCUUGCCAACUUUGACGGCGUGGUUUUCUGCGAGGAACCCAAUGACGGCAUGCACGCCUUUCGAGGGCAGCUGCACUGGAGAGGCGAGCGUUUCCUGUUGGACAUUGAACAUCUACUCCUUAGGGGCACCGUCCUACGAAACACAUUGAUGGCCUACGGUUUGGUCAUAUACACCGGUGCCGACACAAAGAUCCUGAGGAACUGUGGCAAAAUACGGGCAAAAAGAACUCGCUUGGAGAAGACUCUCAACAGAGUGGUGAUCGGGAUAAUGGUGUUUUUGCUAAUGGCCGUCCUUCUUCUGGCCAUUGGCUGCGGGGUGUUUACAAGCCGGGUCAUGAUCCAUAAAGGGUUUCUGUCUGCUCUGGUUAUCAACGGUGACCCGGUCUACACGGGCUUCCUGGUCUACUGGAGCUACUUCAUGCUGCUCAGCCCGGCCGUGCCCAUCAUGCUUUAUGUCACCUUUGAGAUGAUCCAAACAUUCCACAGCAAGUUUAUUAAUUGGGAUUUGGAGAUCUACUGGUGUCAGGGAGAUUGCCCAGCACAGGCCCGGAACACCUCGCUGUGUGAAGAGCUGGGUCAAGUGGAAUACCUGCUGAGUGACAAAACUGGAACUUUAACGCAAAAUCGUCUGCUAUUCAGGCAAUGCUGCAUCGCUGGCGAGAUCUAUGGUGAUUCUUCAGCAAGGGCAGAGGACAUAGAGCCGAUGGACCUCACCUGGAAUCCGUUGUCCCGUGGUGGUCUGUACAUGUGGGCACCGACCCUGGUGGAGCGUCUCCGAGCGCAAAAGUGUCCGACGGUCAGGCGAUUCUUCACUGCACUGACUGUGUGUCACACUGUCAUGGCCCAGUGGAAAGACGAUGCUCCAGUUUACCAAGCAGCGUCUCCUGAUGAGGAGGCACUUGUCAGCGCCGCCAGGGAGCUGGGUUGGGUCUUCCUGUCCAGAACGCGAGAUGAUAUGGUUAUCUCCGAGAUGGGUGUCACGCGUCAUUAUAAGCUGCUGGCGUUGGUUGACUUCACCAGCCACAGAAGACGGAUGUCAGUACUGGUCCGGGAGCCAGAGGGGGCUUUAAAACUGUACUGUAAGGGAGCUGACAUAGUGAUACUGGAGAGGCUGCAGAGGGACUGUGCACAUCUUGAGAGCACUGAACAAGCCUUGGAGCUGUUUUCCAAGGCCAGUCUGAGGACCUUGUGCAUUGCUGUUCGAUCGGUUUCGGAGACAUCAUGGGAGCAGUGGAGUAGAACUCUAGCUCAGGCUGCUGCGAUGCCGACCUUUGACCGCAAUGCUCUGCUAGAGAAGCUUCAUAAUGAGAUGGAGCGAAAUCUCCAGCUUUUAGGGGUUACAGCCAUAGAGGACCGACUCCAGGAAGGCGUUCCCGAGACGAUUUCUCUCCUUAAACAGGCUGGGAUUAAAGUAUGGGUUCUUACGGGGGACAAAAAAGAGACGGCAGUCAACAUUGGAUAUGCCUGUAAACUCCUGGAUCCUGACACGAGAUUACUGGAAUGGCAAGAGUUGAGACAGAUCCUCCAAUCGCCAGACCCGGGAGGCCAUUUCCACAAAAUCCAACAGACAGAGCUGUGGGCGGUUGAAAAGGACAAGCCAGGCGUACAGACUGCUGUGGUCCUGACUGGACCUGAGCUGACAGAUUUUGACCAGAGACCAGAGUGGGGCGCCAAGUUCAUGAGCCUAGCCCGACAGUGUCAGACGGUGUUGUGCUGCCGGGUAACACCUGGCCAGAAGGCGGACAUUGUUAAUUUGGUCAGGAAGCACACAAGCUCUAUCACGUUGUCCAUCGGAGAUGGUGCCAAUGAUGUAAACAUGAUCAAGACGGCCCACAUCGGCGUGGGACUGACCGGAGUGGAGGGAGGUCAAGCUGUACAGAGCGCAGAUUUUUCAUUGUCUCGUUUCAGAUUCCUGCAGAAGCUUCUGCUAGUCCACGGGCGCUGGUCGUAUCGGCGCAUCUCCCUCUUCCUGCGCUACUUCCUGUUCAAGACAUGUAGCUUUGCGCUAGUGCACCUGUGGUUUGGCAUCUUCAAUGGCUACAGUGCUCAGUCUUUGUAUGAGACAUGGUUCAUUGCAUUUUACACUACCUUCUACACAUCAGUCCAGAUUUUCUUUGUGGCCAUCUUUGAAAAGGAUGUGAGCGCAGAGAGCAGCCUCAGGUGGCCUGAGCUUUACAAGUGUGGACAGAGGCAGGAGCUUUCCGGGCCCCUGGUGUUGUUUACGUCACUCCUAUACGCCCUCUAUGCUUCACUUGUUCUCUUCUUCAUUCCGUGUGGAGUCUACUACGACACUGCCGUCGACUACCAGACCAUGGCGGUCACUGUGUCCAUGGCAGCCGUAUUUACUGCCAACAUAGAGAUCGUGCUGUUGACUAGACACUGGACAAAGUUCAGUAUAGGAGCCGUGUGUGUUUCUGUGCUGCUCUACUUCAUCUGCUCCAGGAUCACACAUAGCAAGUUCCUGUUCCAGAGUUCACCGGCUGAUUAUUUAUUUUACGGUGCGUCUGACGAGGCCUUCACAGAUCCAGUCGUGUGGCUCACAGCUCUGCUCACUGCCUGGACAGCAGUCUUGCCCUCAAUGACAUUCCUCACUCUCGAUGUCAUCCGAACUGUCCACGCUAAACAUAAGGUUCACAGCAUGUCCCACCAGCCAGUGGAACUGAGGACACAGUGAAAAAGGAAGACUUCUCUUUGCCAUUCUUCAUCAAUCAAGGACCUGUUUGAAGCACAUUCGUGGAUGUAGGGAUGGCCAUGAAUGAAAAAUACAGUGGUGGAA